AUGAGUUCAUCGGUGGAGGAGGAGGAAGAAUCCGUCGGGUGUUUCCGUUCCCGAAAGCGCGGUCCUGCUCUUCCUCUCCAGAAUGGUGCAGUCGUCGGUUCCCCCGCGAUCCCUUCGAUUAGCCCGGGAGUUCCUGGAGAUAGCUGGUCGGCGGUGGGGUCAAUUGCUGACAAGUCGAGAGUGCAGCUAGGGCCAGCCGCGUGCGGGGGUGGCUGGGCCCCAUGGAAAGUGCGGCGGGGCACGGUGAUGCUGCUUUUCCGGAACUGGUUCGUGAAGCGCAGGUGGCCUGUAUUGGUGCUGCGGGCUGCCGCCACGGACGCCCUGCGCCGACUUCGUCGCGAUGUAGUGCAAAUUGUCCACCGCCAUUCGUCCUUGGCUGCUGCGCGGCAAGUCGUCUGCAUUCUCCUUGCCGUCGCCAUCGCUGUCCUGCUUGUCAUAGGCUCGGACGACUCCACUGUAGGCGAGCAGAUCAGAGUGGUUGGGGAGGCAUCUGGUGCUGCCGCAGCCCUCGUGCCUCUCGCCUUGACGGGUGAUGAAACGCCGGUGAGCCCUACAUCGCAUCAGACUGCAGCGCGAUUGCGUUUGGAUCCACGUGCUCUUCUCUUCGUUGAUUCUCCGUAUUCACGAACCGGCAGGGACAUUGCAAUGUGGCUCGUCGCGAAUCGCAUCAGGUACAAAACGGAAGUCUUGGGGAAAUCUUUACCGGUGUUGACUUACGAAGACAAGGGGAAAUUCGGCGUGGUGAUUUUCGAGAACGUGAUGCGCUACCUCAACAUGGAUUCGUGGCAUCGAAGUAUCUUGGACAGAUAUAUGAUUGAGUACCAUGUAGGCAUGAUCGGUUUUAUGCCUACCGCGCAAGAAGAGAUUGGUCCUUCCUUUCGCUUCGAAAAACUGGGACAUUUUCCUCUUCUCUUUCAGCCCCGUCUGCGAAUUUCGGAUCGUUGUCAAGUUGAUGGGAUUGACCGGGUUUUGUUCGGGGCACCGCUGAAUUUUUGGCUUCAUCGGCUGAUAUUCCUUGAUGCAUUGUCUUUCUUGUCACGUGGGCGGCUUUCGGUGCCAUUGAUGCGCUACAUUCAGCUUGACAUUGACGACAUCUUCGUCGGAAAGCAGGGCAUUCGUUUAACACGAGACGAUGUGAUCGAGUUGUUAGCUGCUCAGGACAGACUGAAAAGGGUGAUUGACGGGUUUCGUUACAAUCUGGGUUUCUCGGGCCAUUACUUCCAUCAUGGGUCGAGGGCUGAGGACGAAGGUGACGACAUGUUAAUAGUGGCACCGCAUCAUUCCGGUGUUUAUCCAGUUCAUGAAGAGCUUUACUCCAUAUGGAAGGAGGUCUGGGACAUCAAGGUGACCGCAACUGAAGAAUACCCUCACUUGAAGCCCCCUCGACUCCGUCGUGGAUUUGUGUAUCGUGGAAUCCAAGUUUUACCGCGGCAAACAUGCGGUCUCUAUACGACGAACCUGUUUUAUGACAGCUAUCCUGGCGGAAAGGCCCGAUUAGACAAUAUGAUUCGUGGCGGAGAACUUUUCCAAACGAUCGUGGCGAACCAGUUUUCGGUGUUCAUGACGCAUAUGUCGAAUUAUGGCAAUGAUCGGCUGGCGCUGUACACAUUCGAAAGUGUGUUCAAGUUUCUGCGGUGCUGGACAAAUUUGGAGUUCCGCACCGUGCCUCCGGUUGAGCUAGCGAAUCGCUAUUUCCGUACUCAUCCUGACGAGCGAGAUCCGGUUUGGGAGUCUCCGUGCCAUGACAAGAGACAUCGGGAAAUUUGGUCUCCCCUGAAAACUUGUUCCCGUCUUCCGAAUCUACUGGUACUUGGUCCUCAAAAGACGGGCACAACUGCGCUAUACGCGUUCCUUUCGAUGCAUCCAUCUGUUCAGAGCAACCGACAAUCCCCCGAUACUUUCGAAGAGACGCAGUUUUUCAGUGGGCGGAAUUACCUCAGAGGGCUGGACUGGUAUAUGAGCUUUUUUCCCGAAGAAGCUGAUUACCUUUUUGAGAAAAGCGCCAACUAUUUCGACGGAGAUGUGGUCCCUAAAAGAGCCCAUGCGUUGGUCCCAAAGGCGGAUUUGAUUGUGACGGCAAAAGAAGCCGCGGUGGGCGACAAAGCGUUACGAGAUUUGCGUAAUCGCUGCUUGUACCCGGGUCUCUAUGCUCAUCACUUGGAGCGAUGGCUCCAACAUUUUCCGCCGCAGCAGUUGCAUAUAGUUGAUGGCGAAGCCUUGAAGCUUAACCCAGUCGUCGUCAUGAAUUCCCUGCAAAAGGAACUCAAUAUUACACCUUUCUUUGACUACGCCAAUCAUCUUAGCUUUGACUCAAGGAAGGGAUUCUUUUGUAAAGUGGAUGGUGAAAAACGGACUCGUUGCUUGGGAAAAAGCAAGGGCCGCAAAUAUCCACCGAUGGAUGAACACUCGGCAGCGUUUCUCAAGCGGUAUUACAUGUCUGGCAACGUGGCGUUGGAGAAGCUGCUGAAGCGUUUGGGAUACGCUAUACCAGCUUGGUUGAAGGAAGAUCUAGCUGAAUUGCCUACGCAGAAUGAGUCUUUUAGGGGAGCAUCCCCGGAUGGUUGA